UAUGAAAAGAAUAUAGAAAGGGGAGAUCCAAUCCGGUUUCAGCUAGUUUCUGUUCCGAUAGAACAUUUAUGCUGGCUUAAGUGUUUCUUUGACCAUCAGAAUUUUACGCGAAACUUUUAUCAGUGCAAGCUAUUUUAAUUACCCCUUUAUUCUAAAAGCGUAAAGCAGCUAUGCCGAAAAGAAGCAAAGCUAACAAUGGCACUGAAGCAGCUGAGCCCAAGAGAAGGUCCGAGAGACUUCAAGCUAAACCCGAAACGCCAAAGUCUGAGCCCAAGCCAAAGAAGGCACCUGUCAAAGGCAAGAAGGCCAAAGUGGUAGAAAAGGCUAAACUAGAGGAGAAGAAAGAGGAUGCGAAGCCAGAGGAAGAGGAGACAACACCUGCAGAAAAUGGAGAGGCUGAAGCUGAGGGAACAAACGCAGAUGGAGAGGCAGGAGAUGAGGAGGAAAAGUCAGAGGAGGCUGCUAAAUAACAUUGUGUUUGACCAAACACUAUACUACUAUUCUUGUACAAUACAGAGGAAUAUUUUUAUUGACCGUUUUAUAAAAGAAAUCAGUUUUUUUU